AAGAGACGUCAAAUUUUGUAAAUAAAAAAGAAAGGAAUCAGCAGUCUCUGGAAACAGUUAAAAUAUCAUAAUUUGUGCAAUAAAGUACCGAAAAUGCGAAGAGGUGUAGGACUCGGCGCUAUUCAAAAACAUAAAAUAGAACAAGCCAAAUAUACAAAUAUAGGAAAUGAAAUCCAAGAGAAUCAAAUUGAACAAAUGACCAAGCAGUUGGAAGUAUUCAGAGUACAUUUAGAAGAUUUUGCCACCAAACACAAAAAUGAAAUUAAAAAGAAUGGUGAAUUCAGACGGCAAUUUCAAGAAAUGUGCGCUACAAUUGGAGUAGAUCCAUUGUCAAGUGGAAAGGGAUUCUGGUCGGUAUUAGGCAUUGGCGAUUUUUACUAUGAAUUAGCAGUACAAAUAGUGGAAGUUUGUCUAGCAACAAAUGCCAUAACUGGUGGGCUAAUUGGUUUAGAUGAACUGAGAACGAAACUCAUUAAAGCCAGGGGGCAAAGCAAACAACAUCAAGAAAUAUCAAAAGAUGAUCUGUUAAGGGCAGCUCAAAAAUUAAAGAUAUUCGGGAGCGGUUUUUCUGUUGUUCCUGUUGGAAAUGGAAAAUAUAUGGUACAUUCGGUACCUGGGGAAUUGAAUAUGGAUCAUGGUGCUAUUUUACAAUUAUUAUCAACAAAAAACUGGUGUUCUAUAUCUAUUAAUACAGUAUGCUCAGAGCUCAAAUGGAAGGAAGAUAGAGCUAAGCAGGCUUUAGAACAAAUGCUGGAACAGGGACUAUCUUGGAUAGACACACAAGAUGAAUCUGGACCUACAUAUUAUUUUCCUAGCUUAUUCAAUGUCAAUAUAUGAGAGUAAUAAAGUCGGCAUUGAGAGCAAAUCGUUAA